GGGAAAGUUUCACAGCUGCUGCUUCUUAGUUCUUCACAGAGAGAGAGAGAGAGAGAGAGAUGGCGAAGAACAACGCUGCAUCUCCCUUGGUACUAUGCCUGAUCCUUGUGUCGACUUCGAUGCCCGCCUCGGUAUGCUCCAGCAUACCGGCUCCGGUCGCCCGGGAGGAAGACGUCCAGUACAUAAAGUGUCAAGUCUGCGAGAAGCUUGCGUCUCAGCUGUAUUGCCAGGUGCAGAGCAAGCGAGCUGAGAUCUCUCCCGAAGAGAUCACGGAGCAGCAGAUAACUGAGAUCGCCAAGAACCUUUGUAAUUCGGAAAAGAAGGAAGCUGUCUGGAUUCGCAAGAUUGAUAUUGUUGAGCAAGGGAAUAAGUUAAAGCUUGAAGAACAAGAUGGUGAAGGAUAUUGCAAUUCCGAGUGCAAGACUCUGCAAAAAGCUUGUGAAGAGGUCCUGAACGAGUCAGAUGAUAUAUAUCUCGAGUAUCUAAACAAAACCAACCCCCGAAUUGAUGGAAUGGUCGAUUUUCUCUGUGGAAACGUCACCGACGCAUGCAUUUUUGACCCCCCUCCAAUUCCUAAGGAUAGGACUCCCGGAGAAGCUUUCAUGCCGAAACUAUUGGAGGAGGCUGAUGUGGAGAGGAACGCGAAAUCAUCGACUGAGAGCACGCCCGGACCGCCCUGCACGAACAUGUACUCAACAGAUGAAUCAACGAACGCUAAAAACUCCGGCGAGGAAGACAAAGACGAGGGUACACACUGGCACUCGAAAUUGGGUGUUCGGAGGCAUAUCAAAAGCUUCUUUGGAGGAAUAACAAAAUAUUUUACAGGAGACUCAGAGGAAAAUUCAGAGACCCGCGAUUCGGAACUGUAAUGCCCGAGUAUCAGACAGCAAUGCUUGAGCCUUUUAGGUUAUAGUCUUUUAUGUCCCGCCACUGUAUCGUUAUAAUGAAUAAGGCCCCUAGGAGCAGGAGACUUCAGAGUCGUUCCAAGAUGAAGAGUCUUCCGCCAACUGUAAGACAGCUCUAUAUCCAUAGCUAUUGUAUCCUAUCUGAAAAUUAUGAACUUCCUAAAAUA